CUUGAAUCUGUACACAUUUUGACGGCUUAAGAUGGAGGCGCUGGCACAGCCCGUGCCCAUGGAGGCGCCGCAGGAUGCGCAGCAGGAGCAACAAACUCAACCGCCUGUCGCAGAGGAGCAGUCUGCGCAAAAUUCGCAGCAAAUUUUGGACCAGCAGGCUCAAGAGCAGCAGACACAAGUCCCAGCUCAAGUCCCUGAAGGACUCGGACAGCACCAGCAGAGCCUGCAACCUGCUUUGCCUCAGCCUCAACAGCCUCAACAGAUCCCUCAGCCACCUCAGCAGCAGAACUUCGUCUCCUCUGGCUACGAUGCCGCCUCCAUGAACCCCGUGGCGGCCAGUCAGCAGAUGCAGAUGCCUCAGCAGUUCCAGCCCCAGCAGCAAUACAAUCCUCUCUACCAACAGUACAACGCCCAGCAGCAACAGUACAACCCUCAGCAAACCCCCCAACAGCAGCAGAUGAACGCCUACAACCUCAAAACGCCGUCUACGAUGGCAUUUGGCGCUUCCUCCGCUCCAGCCGAAGAGCGCGCUACUCACUUACUGGCGGCCUGUGAGUCUUGCCUCGUCGUCACUCGCAUACCGGGCGUGGACAUGUCAUUCCGUCGUAUCAUGGAGCGCAAAUGCCCGCGCUGUGGCGGCACUCUGGUGCUGCCUCAGGAGGUCAUGGAGAUGCUCAUUCUCUACGGAAACUUCGUGCCCGAGUCGGCGGCCGUCACGCUCGUACUCGGGACCAUGGUGCUGCAUCCAUCGCUUCGGGCGGACUUUAUGGCGGCCGCAAUGAACGACCUGCUCACUCCGCUCCAGACCGACUUUGUCUACGAUGUGGCCGUGCCCAAACGACCAGACGGACUGGGCAUGUCACUGCGAAUGAACCAGGGAAACCUCGUGGUCGGCGGCUUCAUUGACUUCGAGAAUAACCAGGAGAGUCCGUCCGUAGCCGCUCGGAUCAUCGCUGUGGACGACAUUUUGGUGGCGAUCAACAAGAAAUCCAUCACGUCGUGGACAUUUGAGAAGAGCAUUAGCAUGUUGGCUCACGCAGCGUCGCCUGUGUACUUGACGUUCCGGCGCCGCCAGCCGGUCAUGUUGCUCUAGAGAAGACGGCUGGGUAGCGGGUUCCACCGCGUCAAUGCUAAUAUGAAUCCGUUUGUUUACUAAUUUCACCCCGUUUUAGUUGUAGAAAGCUGGUGCUGGUGCUUACUACGUUAGAUAUUAGCUGCUGCAAUAAGUCGUUCCGGAAUGCAGCAAACCCUUCAUGGUCACUACACCCUCAAGUGCGCCGCGGUUGCAUACGAAGCAGUGGUCACAGCGCAACAUGGUGAAGAGCAUGUGAACGUCACCCAGUGAAGUGUUGCUCGAUAUCGUCAUGCCAACAGGCUGGAUAACGCAGGCAUUACCCUCCGUGAUUUUGACUCUAUCGUUCAUUUUGGCUCGCUUGAACGCGGACCAUCCAUCGCUCAAUAAGGCCAACAUCUUCUCGUCGUUCAUCAGGAACGGAAUUGGUGCACUGCCUUCCAGAUGAUUAGCCGCCGACGUAAGAGCGCUGUACGUCUCAUCGACCGACAUGUUCCCGUUCAGUCCUCCAACCUGGUUGCUUCUGACGACAUCCAUCAGUGUAGCCCAAGAGAAACCUGAUGACGAAGACUUGGGCUCUUCACCAAGAUCCUGUUCUACUUCCUCGAGGCUGUUUGCAGCAUAAUACGCUCGUACGAAUUUCUUGAGGUGCGUAGAGCUGACAACCCCCAACAAGACCAUCGAUUUAUCGUCCUGAACAACAGGAAUAUCCUGGUUUGGAAGCCGAUGCAGUGCCAACAACAGCCUUGCCACGGUUGUAUUCUUCGUGAUAUAUACGGUGAAUACUUCGACGAUAUCUCCAGCGCAAGCAUCUGGUUCGAAGUCCAGUAUCGGGAGGAACGGGGUGCCGCUGACUAUCAGUAGUGUAUCAUAGACUGACCUCUCGUUGAACAAGCUUGACGUUGCCAUGGCAGCCAACACUGCGCAGAAGAUCGGGAGGAUCAACGACAUUUCACCAGUAAUUUCGAGGGUGAUCACAGCGACCGAGACUGCUUUCGUGGCUGCACCUCCAAACGCAGCAGCUCCCGCCAAAGCGUGUAGCGCCGAUACUGGGGAACAACGUUGACAGUGUUUCACCAAAUAACCGGCCGAAAGCAGCACCGCCGAUAAACGUUGGAACCCACACGCCUGUGGGCAUCUUGAGUGAAAUACACACUGGCAACAGGAACAUGAAGAUGGCUGGCAGAACAGAGAGCGUGUAGAACUUGGAGAACUUGGUAAAAGAAUCAGGGAGAUCCGACUCGGUAAACAGCGUCGAGAGCGUGUCAAUUGUCGUGCUGUGAGCAAACUCACCCGGUACAUACGUCAGAGUUCCGCAUAAUACCGCGACGAUGAAUGGAUCGAUCCACUCGACGAAUACUCGUUUCCAGGUAUGUGAGGAUUUGCGUAAAUCCUUUCGAAUUUGCGCAAUGACUCGUAGUAACUUGAUCAUCACAAUGCACAUGAGUCCUAGCAUCGCUCCCAUCAACAUGUACAAUGGAAUCUCCCAGAUGGAGAAGGGGUGUCCACCGAAAGACGUGGCUAGAAUCGCUGUGGUCGCUUGCUUGGAGGUACUUUCGGCUAGAACUAGUGUCAUCCGAAGCAUCACAGCUCCAGACACAGCACUGAUGAACGCCUUGACGUAGUUGGACAUGAGAUAAUACGUCGCUGUGACUUCCAUCGAGAACAACACGCCACCAAUUGGAGAUGAAAACAACGACGACACACCAACUGCACACGCUGCUGCUAGGAGCUGGAUCCUGCCGUUGAGGUGUGAACUAAAACCGCAGUAAAAUGGCAACCGGAGAAUAUGGUGCGUCACGAUGGACAUGAUGUGCACGUUGCAACCUUCUGUGCCUACCACGAGACCUGCACCAACCGAACAAAUAAGGCCCAGAAUCUUGGUCACCAACGUAGUGAAGUCGAAGUAGCCAGGAAGAUACAAUCUCGGAUCAAUUCCUGUGAGAAUCGCCUUCAUCUGUGAAACACCCGAACCUUCAAACGCACAUAACGUUAAGCUAGCAUUCCAACAGCAUCAAUCCCACUGCUUUUUACCUGCAGCCACAGGGGCUAUCGUUGUGAUAAGUAGACCAACGAAAGAGAAAACCACAGUGUGACCUGUCCAAAUGAAGUACCGUGCCAGCUCCGAUGUCGUCUGGUUAACCAUCGU